AUGGUAGACACCACCGCCACGGCCGGACCAACAAACUCCCUCUGGGUAGAGCCCGAGAAGGAGGUGCCUCUUCACGAGCUACCAUUUAGCCCGGCGGCUCGUCCUCCGGCGAUCUUCAGUCAAGCGAGGACUGAGCCAACGUGUGCUCGUGACCCGGCUGGGGGCGAAGCACCGCCGCUGGCUAGGUUUGGGGAUGGCGGUCAGUAUCUACCGAGCGACGGCAGAGUGUGCCCUGCAGUAUCGCGGGAGACCAUGAUCGCGGAACCCGGUCCUGAGGAUCAAGACGUCACACCAACGUUGCCAUCCUUUCGCAAGGACGGGCCGAUGGGGGCCGCUGCCGCAAAAAUGGACUUGGGGCUAGAAACAUGCUCACUCCGCCCUGCAGCCUUCACCUUAGGGGCUUUGUGCAUGGCUGACGUCAAACCUCCGAAGAGCACCAUCACGGUAGACACUGGAGGUCCGAAGACGGUUUUACGACUUGCACCUCCUCCAGCACAGCAUGGCCCCAAAACGGCGGCACCUACGCUACCAUCCUGUCCACGCGCGCUUCCUAGGGAGGCCUUCACAUACGCCGAGGAGCAGGCACCAACAUGUUCAUCUCCGCCCGCGCCAAAGGCGUUGUCGGCGGUAGUGCCAGCGCACGCGAACGAAGCGCCUCCGACAAGGGCGAUGCUUCCGUGCUUUGCGCUUUCAGUUCCUGAUGUUUGCAAGGAGAAGGAAGAGUCCCAGACGGCCGAAGCAAUACCGUCAAUGACGUGUAGUGCUUCGUCCGCCGUCGACCGCAGCAAUGCCAUUGUGGCUCUCACAGACCGGAAACCUAUCGGACCGCUGCCAUCGGCACCCUCCGAGGAGGAUGAGGACGACAAACCCUCUGAGGAACAAUCUUCCACGGAUGUUUGCCCCGUGCCAGCGGAUGUACGCGGCGAUUGGUGGCGUUGUUCCGCGGCGCGAGCCCAUCCGAAGGGGGCUGAGGCCGGUAAAGGCACAACCCCAAGCUUGCUGCAACGCUCGGCCGUCAACAGCGACGACGGCCACGACACCUGCCAGGUGCCCGCCUCACUGAAGUCACUGCUGUUUCUCGAGUACGGCGUUGCAUCAUUGUGGCGGCAGGAGGAUGAAAUCUGCUUGCGAUCGCCUGAGGACGAGGGCGAUGAGACGAACGAGGAAGGCGACACGGUGGCAGGGAGGUAUGGUAAUAACGUCAAGGACGGCGGAGAUAUGGGAGGCGAUGGUGGAAGGUCCGAGGAGGCUGCCAGCUGCGAAGCUCUCACCGCGCUCGAGGUUCUGGAGGCCGAAGGGUUUCUCCCACACAAGGCGACUUGCCCUGUUGAGCUCCCCGUUGACAAGGCGCCACUCGAUACGCCGACAACCCGGGCCCUCGCGACGAUGCCGACGACUUCUUGCUUACUGGCUGCCGUCGAAGGUUUUCUUCCAAGACCUGCCGGGCAGGUGUGCCACGCAGAGGAGGACGAGCAACCGACUGGGGACGACGAGAACAGGGGAGACUUCGACGCCAACAGCGAUGACGAUUACCACAGGGCCGAGAACGAGGAUGACAGCAGUACCGGCUUGAAGACCCUAGUGCGAGAGUUCAACGCUUGGACGCGGACGGUGGACUUCCCGAUUCGAAAGGUUGAGGCAGGGCUGAUCGGGAACGGCAUGCGUCUGGGUUUGGUGGCGACGGAGGCGAUUCGUCAAGGGCAGCCGUACCUUUCCGUCUCCGGAUCGAUCAUUUUGGAUGCGUCGAAGGUGAAACUUUGCCCGGGUGUAUUGGCGCAUGCCGCGUAUCAGUGCCUGGCGCGCAUGUGGGAGAAGGGCCGCGGGGGUGGGGGGCAUAUUCUGUGCAACCCGGCACCCGGGAGCAUACGCCUUGAUCACUCUUUCUUUCGAUUUACCCCCAUGAUUGUGUCCGUCGUCUCAUCGAAAAUGUUCAAGGCGAGGACCAACCCCGAGCUGGGCCCGCCGCUCGCCAGGCUGGAAGCAUCGCUUGGCCCCCUGGGCUUGUGGGACCAGGAUAUAGACAGUCUACGGGUUUUGCUCAUCGCCGAGACCUUCGUUCGGUUGGUCUUUGCAACGACGUGGGGCCAUUUUCCUCGACACGCCGCGUUUUCGUCCUCUGCCAAACCGAUAUCAGGCCUCUCCCCCCGGGCGCCGUACCUUCGUCUUCUGCCGACGCCGAGCGAAAUGGAAGCGUACCACCCGCUGUUCUUCGACAGUGCGACGAUCGCCUCCUUCGAGGGGCUCGGACGUCCAGGCCCCCUUGAGGGAGCGCCGUGA